AUCAUGUAUGUGAUUUCAGAUGAUCUGCAGGUGCUACUUGGAAAUCCAAAUUCUCUGGCGCAGUUGCUAUGUAAUUUGGGUUUAAGCGAUGUUGAUCAAGUUGAGGAAUUGUCUGUUGAUGUUGGAUUAGAGGAGGUUUCUAAGUUGCUCAAGCAUUCUUUGGUAUCAAAGACUCCUUUGACAGAUGUAUUCUUGGGGAAAAGGAAACUUGCAAAUAAUUCGAUACCAUGGAUCUAAGAAAUUCACCUACACCAAGCAGUGAAAAUCUAACAUCGCCAAAUCAUACUGAAUUCCCGGUUAAGUUAAUGUUAAGCAAGUCGCAAAACAAGAUAUUGGGUUUGUUAGUAAGGGAAGAUUUUAUCGAUUUUCUCUUCAGCUUUUUUACGAUUCCGCUUGGAUCAGUGGUAAAGCUUUUGGACUUGAACUCUGGGGUAGGAUGUGUUGAUAAUUUGUACAGAACAGUAGAGAAUUUGGACUCGGAGUUGCUUGCUAUUCCCAAGAAUGAACUAAUAAAUGUCGGAGUUCUGAAACAAUACAAGUGCAAAAAUAAUCCAUUGCAAAUUCGUGAUGCUAUAAACAUAUUAAACCUUCUUGACCCAAGGGGCCCAACUGGGAGUGUUGAUUGCUUUGGUAGAUUUAUGGAGGCACGAUACUGGUUCGUAGUGUCAGAUAAAUUGGUAGUGACACCACUAUCAUCUCCGUCAUCAAGUAUUAGCUUCCUAAAAGAACUAAAUGUACCUCUCAAUGAUAUUGCAGAGCAGGAAGAAACUAUAGGCGAGACUGAGACUCUUGCUUUGUUGAAGGCUUCAAGUCAAGUAUAAAUCAGAAGCUCAACAAAAGUGAUGCGGCUGCGAAAUCUAUUGGGAGCAAAUAGGUUUGCCUUGCCGUUACUUCAAUGGACUCAAGAAUAGAGAAUAUAGGAUUGCUUUUGCUUCUUCCGUUUUUGUCCUUUGGCUUUGAGAAUUCAUCUGAUGUUGGAGCGUUGCUUUUUAAGUUUUUUGCAUGUGUCAAUGUAUUGUCUAAGCUCAUUGCUCCAUAAUUUAUUUAUCGAAGAAACUUUCUUUUCCUAUGUA